UGCAAUUGACAAGGAAGAAGGAGUAACAGACUGUUUGCUUCCGGACUGUGUCCAAGGGGACUUCUUCAUUGGUACUGUUCCUAGUGGGACCAUGGAAAGAAAAGAGGUGUCACCAAGUCCUCACUCAGAGGAGAGCAGCGUAUUGGACCUACCUUCUGUCUGUGACCUAGCAGAGCACUUUCUGCCUCCAUACAGUUGUGAAAACAGCGAGGAGCUUUUUCUCUCUGUGGAUACUUUUCCCUCACCGCCCACAGGAGAGAGCAGUCUGUCCUCUGCAGUUCCUGCAGGCUUUGCUGCUGGAGGCCCUGAGGAAGCAAGCAUGAGAUGUUAUCCAGAAGCAGGGUUGUGUGAGCCCACCAAACCUAAUGGUGCUGCGCUCCCCUCCAUGUAUGAACAUGAUAGUGCAGAAGAUACCAGAAUCAGGAAAUCUCUUGAUGGCUUCUACAAAAUGUAUUGUGAAAAACGGCCAGACAGAAUGGAUCCCGCCUACAGGGCCGCAUCACGAUGUCUGUCAGAGAAGAUUUCAGAGCUAUCAAGCCGGGAUGGAACAAAAUACGCGUCGCGUUGCCUGCAAAUGGCCCAAGUGGUCUUGAACAGAGAUGGGUGUAAGAUCUUUCCAAAUCACCCCACUACUGCUUGCUUUUCAAAGCCAGCUGAAGGAGAAGUCGUGUUGGAAGACAUAAAGAGAACACCUGGACUCUCUGAUGAUGUCCUGCAAUUCCUCUUGAAACAAACACGGACAGAACAGGGCCCUGACAUGUCAUGCGAGAAGUGAGCAAGACACUGGGAUGUUUCUGUCAUUGGAGCUUUGCUCUCACUGUGAAAAAAGGUGAUGUUCUUAGAAAGUAACUGUUUUCUUAGCACCAUCUUGAACACACGUAUUCCGUGGAGGGUUUCAUCUGGAGCAGACUUUGCCACCUUGGUCUCUGCAGGGCAGCACUGCUUAAGGAGCAUCUGCGGUCCCCAUGUAACUGCUUAGGCUGUGUUGACUAAGUGGGAUGGGCGACGGGUGAUAUGGUGUCUGUUGCUGGGACAUCAAACAUGAUGAUUUAUUACCUACCAAGCUUUUAAAUUGACCUGCACCCCUACCCCAGCUGAACAGUGGUCCAGCCCAAAUUCAAGCGUUGCAUAGGCAAGUAUGUCCAGAUGAUGUUGACUAUGACACACUGACUGAACAAGCUUGGAACAAUAUGCCUCAGAGCUAGGGAGGAAACUUAAGACUUUGUUCUGUACCUGACAGAUACUGUAACUCCUGUGCCUCCACAGGGUGCCUCAUAGCUCUGUGUGUUUGCUUACAGGCAUACGAUUCCACAGAUCAUGACUGCAACGCGGGUGAGCUUUUUCAGCAAGAAAAAGUGUGUGUUUUUAUGAGAGAGGAAAUGCAGCUUCUGAGAAGGUUAUUUUUUUUAACAGGAAGGAUAAAAAAAGAAAAUAAAAAAGCUUUAUCACCGUAGUGAUGUUUCUAACACUUCAAACGCUCCAGCUGAACAGAUUGAGGAUUUUUUUCCUGUCUGUAUGAGGUGGCUUAAGAGCAACCUGAAAUAGAUUCAUGAGUAAGGGCUCUGCAGAGAUGUCUGUAGGGAAGCUGUGGAGUUGGUGCCAGCUGCUCUGGUAGCUGCCUGCUGUAAGAUUCAGAAGACCUGGGAAAAGCAGAGCUCGCAUAUCAGCAUGCCCAAGGCUAUGUGUCACUUGGUUGAUUCUGUAGGGGCAACGUUGCUUUCUCCAGCUUUCUCCCUACACAUUAGCCCCUGCUGAUUUCUGCUACCAUAGGGUCUGAGCUCAGAGCUUUCACAGAGAGAAAGCCAAUGCUCGUUGCUUGAGUACACUCUUAUCUUAGUUGGCACUGCACAAGACCUUGUGAUCACUUUCCUGGUGCGUUGAUGGAUGAGGGAAAAUGUUCUGUGAGAUGUCUGAGCCAUCCCACCAGUAGGGUUCAUCUGGUGUUGGUUACAGCAAAGGUUUGCUUUUUCUAAGCUCUGUUGCUGUUUAUACCCAGAACUUUCUUGCUCUGGUUUUAGUUGGCAAGAUGAGCACUGACUGCAGUGGGAACUGGCCCAUUGCACUGGUUGCCCAGCUUGGGUUUUAGUGAUUGUCACUUGUCUAUGACAUUAAGAGGUAACCUUAAGGCCUAAUUCCAAGCAGUUGGUUUUGGUGAGGAAUUUAAAGUGCUCUCUGAGUUUGAUGCAUUGCUAUGAAUUUGGCAGGCCUAAUUUCCUUUGCUUUGUGCUUACGGAAUCCAGGAGUGAAUCCCAAGGAAAAUAGCUGCACAAGGGAUGCAGGACUGGGCUCCCACUGUCAAA